AUGGCCAAGGAGGAAGAAUUGUCUUUGAAGGUUUGGGUUGACAAUGGGAAGAAACGCGCGGUGUUUGGAGAAGCCAGUGGCGACUUUGUCGACAUUUUCUUUAGCUUCCUGACUCUACCGCUGGGCACUAUUGUCAAGCUUCUUUUAAAAAACUCCGGCAUGGGAUCUAUUGAUAACCUCUAUGACAGCAUCGAGAAACUUGGCGGCCAACACUGGCGGACUGAGGCUUGCAAGAAUAUGCUUCUCAGCCCUCUCAAUGCAGCCAGAAAACAUUGUGAGGAUUUAAAGCUAAAUGUGGAUGGUGAGAUUAACCCGAGAGAGCUCUAUUUCUGCAAAAUGGAUAGCUGCAUAUCAGGCUCCAAAUGUUAUUUCUCCUCUGUUAGGGACUCAAGAUGUCAUUGUUGUGGAGAGCUUAUGGACAAAGUUGCGCUGUGGGAAAAAGUUGAAACAAUUGAGGAUGGAGUAUUUGUUAAGAAAAAUAGCGUCAAGUUCAUAAUAACUGAUAAUUUUCUUAUCAAAUCAGUUUCAGUGUUACACUACUAUGAUAUACUAAAAGAGUUUGGAGUAGAAGAUUUAUUUCUCAUAGAGGAAAGGACCUUAAAAUUUGGAAGAAAAGAGGGGCUUCAUGUAGACCACCUUGAGAAGAAGGAGAUAACAAUUGGAAGGGCUCAGGUUUGUGCUCUACUUAAAGCCAUGCUGAUCUCCAAAACAGCACUUAGUGAUGCACUCUCACCUUAUGACAAGUAG